UCUGCGUUGGUGGUGAGAAAUCACUUGAUACCAGAAGCGAAAUACAUUUUAACGGUCAGACAAUGGAGGCACUGGCAGCAGCAAACGCAAACUUCUCUCUUGAACUUUUCAAGAAGAUCACGGAGAUCACGAAGGCCAAGAACACCGGCAAUGUGUUCUACUCACCACUCAGCAUCUCUUCUGCGUUGGCCAUGGUCUCUCUCGGAGCCAAGGGAAAUACUGAAGUCCAAAUUCUUGAGACCCUGAACCUUAACAAAGUUGAGGGUGAUGUCCAUGUUGGCUUCAACAAGCUCUUCGCUGAACUCAACAAAGAAGGAGCCCCAUAUGCACUGAGUCUGGCCAAUCGCCUCUAUGGAGAGAAGACCUACAAGUUUGUUGAGAAAUUCCUUGCUGACACUAAGACACUCUACCUUGCCGAGUUGGAGGAGGUUGACUUCAUCUCAAAUGCAGAGGCGGCCCGAGUAAAAAUCAACAAAUGGGUGGAGAAAAAGACACAAGAGAAAAUCAAGGAUCUGUUGGCUAAAGGGAUUUUGGAUUGUGACACAAGACUUGUGCUGGUAAACGCCCUCUACUUCAAAGGCGACUGGGAGAUGAAGUUCUACAGGGGCAAUACCACUGAAGUACAAUUUAAGAUCAACAAGAAUGAAAGUAAGCCUGUGCAAAUGAUGCAGCAGACAGCUGGGUUCUCCUUAACCUACGUCCCCGAUGUCGACUGCCAGAUUCUGGAACUCCCCUAUGAGGGUAAAGACAUGAGCAUGCUCAUUAUGCUCCCAAACAACAUGGAGGACAACACCACUGGACUGGAGAAGCUGGAGCAGAUGCUCACGUAUGACAAACUUGUGG